AUGGACAACGCCAGCCCAGACGACUCCUCGCGCAGACCACUUCGAGUCCCCCGCCGGACCCCAAAAGCCUGCAAGCAAUGUCGAAUCUCCAAGAUCCGGUGUUCUGGUGAACACCCCUGCGGUCGGUGCACGAAACGUGGAGUGGCGUGUGUCUUCCCCAGCGACGAGGCGCAUGUGUCGAUUCCGAUUUCGUAUUUUGAGGAGCUGAAGCGGAAGGCGGAGGGCUUGGAUCGGAGUCAAACGCCGGUGGAGAGAGAUGGGCGGCUUGAUGCUGCUGGGUUUGGGAGUGUGUCGGAGCAGGUGGGUUAUGGGAAUGAGGAACGAGAGGAGAGGCCGGCGAAGAGGCCGAAGACUAGCUCUUCGUGGCCGGCGCCGUCGCCUGCCUCGUUUGGGGCAAGCAAUUCUUUGACGACAGACCUGGACCCUCGGCUUCGUCCUCAGACCGCUGGCCUGGAUGCUCUCGCGGAUGCUUCUGCUCAUGCCGCUCAUGAUCAAGGCAGCGGUGCUUGGGCAACACCCACUGGCCCCUCGCCGCACAAUCCCCUGGUUGGGAGUAGCCUGAGCUACAUCUACGACAACGUUGGCCGAAUCAGAUCACUGGGCCCGACCUCAUCAUGGGCCUACUGCCAGCGAGCCCUGGCCUUGCUCCAGUCACACUCGCCAGACUCAACCCGCCCACCUACUGCGACUAAUCUUGAUGGCGCAGCCUUCCGACUACGAUGGAGUCCAAGAGGUACUGUCCAAGCUUCCGACGUUAAGAACCUACCAUCGAGCGACUACACUGCCUACCUCUACAGCACCGUGCAAUUCCACCUACGGGAGUUAUGGGCUGUCGUAGACGAUGGACAAUUCAUGAAACGGCUCAAGCAGUUCCAGGUCUCAUGCCUUGAGACCGCGAGGAACCAUCGUCUAUGGUUUGUACAGUACUUGUUCAUCCUGGCUUUCGGCAAGGCUUUUCUGAACCACCCGGGCCAGUCAACGAGUGCAGGCCCACCGGGUAGUGAGUAUGCUUCUCGAGCGAUGUCCCUGAUGCCGGAUGUGGCAGAGAUGCAUGAGGAAGGCGUUCUUGCUGUGGAGGUUCUGUCGCUCGCUGCAUUGUACUUCCAAGCGAUUGAUAUGCGCAUCUCGGCGUACCAGCUGAUCGGACAGGCUCUCCGUCUCGCCUACGUUGAAGGACUUCAUCUUCAAAUCCCCGACGAUGUUGUCGAUACUGCCUUUGCCGCUCGCUGCCACAAAGCUUGGUGGGUCGUAUAUGUUCUCGAUCGAGAGUUUACAGUGACGAUGGGUUGUCCGAAUCAUCUGUCGGAGAACGAGAUUUCGGCUCCCCUCCCAUCGGCGCAAGGUUCGCAGCUUCUUGCUCACGGCUUCGGAUUGAGAGUUCGUCUCGCAAAGCUCAUGGCCAAGACUUGCACCACGGUAUACAGCAUCGAGAAGGGCCUGGGACAGCCAUUCAUCAGCAGCACUACCGACAUAUUGCAUGAGCUCGCAGCCGUCUCCAGAGAUCUGGAAAGUGUCAUCUCGGAUUACAAGAGGUCGCCCAAUGGAGAUCUGCCAAACAUCUUCAGGCACAUUACGCUGUCAUAUCAUCAUUGCAUCGUCCUAGCUACCCGGCCAUUGGUCAUGUGGCUCUUCAUGCUGAGCCUGCAAUCAUACCCAUCAGAGCCACAACACCUUGCAGCACCCAUUGAAGCCCUACUUCGAGCCGGCGCCGAAUCUGCGAACAGUGUGCUCGUCAUGCUGGCUGCACUCGCCGAACGCAACUUGCUUGAAACAUUCCUGCCCUUCCAACUCGAAUACGUCUUCUCCUCGAGCACACUCCUCUCAUUGCUGGGCGCCAUGCUGCCAUCCUACUUACCAGAUCCAUCCUGGCAAAAGAACGCCUUCGCCGUCCUCGACAACAUGAUCGGCGCUAGAAACGUCGUCGCCCCGCUGAGGAAGGCCGAACUUCGAGACAUCGAGGAAUUGCUGGAACCUAUUCGGCAUCACACUUUCCUUGCAGCGGAGACGCCCCAGCAGCCGAUGCUACCACAGCAAGCCGCAGCCAUGUCAGACAAUCACACUUCAGCGGUCGCCGACGGCGGUUUUGGUGAUGGGCUUGAUGGAGCGGAUGAUCUUUUGGCUGCUUGGGACGAGUUGUAUGGACUUGCGCAGCCGAUGGCCAGCGGUGAUUUCAUGCUUGGCUUGGCUGAGCAGUUGGAGCUGGGUGAUCUGGAGGGAUCAUUUUUGCUGCAGUGA